CGCUGUCAUCUGACUGUGACGCAGGCGCCUCAGCUUCCCGAAACUCAGCGGAAAAAGCUCAACAUGGCUCCCAAACUUGAACUCCCAAGCGCCGCAGCGAUCGUCUGGCUGAUAGUCCUCUCUCUGAUCCCCCCGGCGGAGGCUUACGAUGCGGGCGACGCUCUAGCCCUGCUCCUAGGCACCAUCCUGACCGUGGUGGGGUUCUGCGCCUUCCUCGGCUGGUACGCGCGGAGGCGGAACGGACAUCUGUGAGAGAGAGAGAGGAAACUCUCCUGGAUCGUGCGCCUGUCCCCUCAUCUUAUCAUCCACCGCAUUAUUACCUCUUCGGUGAUCUCACAAGGACCUUCUGGCACAAGGUUUGUGUCGAAGCGACUGAUAAGAAACGUGCCUUAUUGGAAUAAAUGCGUCAAGCGCAACGGGAACCACGUGGAGAAAGGUGGAGUGGGACAACCAGGAAGUCCAAAAUACAGGAACUAUUAUUUGUUGCACUGCUGAGAUUAAAAACCAAACACUGUUGCCUUCUAUAUGAAAAGACUGCUGCAGUUACCGUGUAUUCUUUGUAGGAUGCUUGCGUUGCAUAUUGCGCUUAUUUUCCAUGUUUGGAUUAAUCACUGUGAUUUCCUGAUGUGUCUAUGUCUGCACAACACAACAUUGCUAUUGUCUGAAGCACAAUAUCUCAAGUGUGGUUACAUGAAAAGAGUGGAGCUGUUGUUGCGGUGUCUGCUGUGAAAAUGUAUGAGGAUGGCUUUGAGAAUAAUAAAUUGGUUCAUCUGAUGCUCUUCA